AUGGUAAAGCUCGUGUUGCUGCUUCUAUUGCCUCCUGUGGCAUGUAAAGUGCAUACCGUGAAGAGUCCUCUGAGUGACCCCAUCCCUGUUCCUCAUGAAUGGUACCAGUCAGGGGACCUCCUCAUUGGUGGGAUUGCUUCUCAGAUCAUGUACACUCUUCAGGAAAUUCCUUUCAAGAAAAAUCCUUUGCUAGACAUGUUCGAGGUUCCAGAUAUGGUGACAAAGUUCUACCAGCACUGUCUUGCCUUGACAUUUGCUGUAAAUGAGAUCAAUGAGAAUCCCAAGAUUUUGCCCAAUUUCACUCUCGGGUUCCACAUCUAUGACAGCUACUACGAUGACAUGAUGACCUAUCGGACCACUCUGGACAUGCUCUUCAAAAUGCAUAAAUUUGUCCCCAACUACAAAUGUGACACUCAGAAAAAAAUAACUGCCAUAAUUGGGGGACUUAGCUCCAAGAUCUCCUUCCGUGUGGCUGACAUUUUAAGUCUCUACAAGGUUCCACAGAUCAAUGAGAAUCCCAAGAUUUUGCCCAAUUUCACUCUCGGGUUCCACAUCUAUGACAGCUACUACGAUGACAUGAUGACCUAUCGGACCACUCUGGACAUGCUCUUCAAAAUGCAUAAAUUUGUGCCCAACUACAAAUGUGACACUCAGAAAAAAAUAACUGCCAUAAUUGGGGGACUUAGCUCCAAGAUCUCCUUCCGUGUGGCUGACAUUUUAAGUCUCUACAAGGUUCCACAGCUCACAUAUGGCUCAUUUACCCCAGAACAUGAGAGUACAGCCCAGACCUCUUCCUUUUUCCGCAUGGCCCCAAAUGAAACCCAUCAGUAUACAGGGAUUAUUCAGUUGCUUCUCUAUUUUGGGUGGACAUGGGUUGGGCUCCUAGCUGUGGAUGAUGACAGUGGAGAACAUUUCUUGAAGACCCUGGAGCCAUUGCUUUCCAAGAAUGGAAUCUGCUUGGCCCUCAUGGGAAGAAUUCCAAAUCGAUCAGAUUGGAAUACCUUGGUGGACAUCAAUGGUUUGCUGUCAAAUAUCUAUCUACCAUUCAUGGACAGAAAAGCCAAGACAUUUAUCCUUUAUGGAGAAUCUAGGACCAUUGUAAGGUUGAUAACUCUGAUGUUCCUAGGAGACCCUGGGUAUAAAGAAAAUGUAUCAUACAGAAAAGUGUGGAUCAUCACUGCCCAGAUUGAUUUCACUUUAGCAGGCACUCAAAAGGGCUGUGAUUUACAAUUCUUCCAUGGUGCCAUUUCCUUUACAAUUCACGCAAAUGAGCUUCAAGGGUUCCAGAAAUUUCUUCAGAUUUUAAAACCUUGCUAUGCACAAGAAGAUCGUUUUCUCAAGGAAUUCUGGGAGCAAGCUUUUGAUUGUUCAUGUCCAAAUCCUACAGCACCGGUGGAUGUCAAUGAAGCAUGUACUGGGGAGGAAAAGCUAGAAAGCCUUCCAGAGCCUUUUUUUGAAAUGCAUAUCACUGGCCACAGCUACAGCAUUUACAAUGCGGUCUAUGCUGUGGCACAUGCUUUGCAUGUGGUGCACUCAUCGAGAUCCAAUCUCCAAGCAAUGGGAGAUGCUGGAGAACUUGUGUCUUUUAAUGAUAACAGGGAAAUGGAAUCAGAGUUUGAUAUAAUGAAUUUAGUCACAUUUCCAAACAAAUCCUUCAUACGAGUGAAAGUCGGAAGUAUAGGUCCUGAUUCUCUAGACAGCAACAAAUUCGUCAUUCACAAGGAUCUAAUUGUGUGGCAAAGAACUUUAAACGAGAUGGUUCCUCUUUCUGUGUGCAACGACUUCUGCUAUCCUGGUUAUCAGAAGAAAAAGAGGGAGGGGGAUAAAUUUUGCUGCUAUGAUUGUGCUUCUUGUCCCAAAGGGAAGAUUUCAAACCAGAAGGGCAUGGAUGACUGUUUCAAAUGCCCAGAAGAUCAAUAUCCAAACAAGGAUCACGAUCAAUGCAUUCCCAAGACAAUAAGUUUUCUUUCUUAUGACAACCCUCUAGGGAGCAGUUUAGCCUUGGUUGCAAUUUCUUUUUCCCUUGUCACAGCUUUGGUACUGGCAACUUUUAUUAAGCACAAAGAUACCCCGAUAGUCAAAGCCAACAACAGGGAUAUCACCUACACUCUGCUCAUUUCUCUUCUCCUCUGCUUCCUUUCCUCUUUACUAUUUUUAGGACAACCGACAAAGGUGUCUUGCUUUCUGCAACAAUCUGCUUUUGGUAUCGUCUUCUCCGUGGCUGUUUCUUGUGUCUUGGGCAAAACCAUGACUGUGGUUGUAGCUUUCAUGGCCACCCAACCUGGUUCCUGCACAAGGAAAUGGGUAGGAAAGAGACUGACCAAUUCCAUUGUCCUUUCCUGUUCUCUCAUUCAAAUAGGCAUUUGUACAGUUUGGUUAGGAAUAUCUCCCCCUUGCCUGACAUUUGAUAUGCAGUCCAUGGAUGAAGAGAUUAUAGCAGAAUGUUAUGAAGGGUCUCCUGUUAUGUUUUAUAUUGUUCUGGGCUACAUGGGACUUCUGUCCAUCAUAAGCUUGACUGCGGCGUUCUUUGCCCGGGAGUUACCAGAUAGUUUUAACGAAGCCAAGUUCAUCACCUUCAGCAUGCUGAUGUUUUGCAGUGUUUGGUUGUGUUUUGUUCCAACCUUUGUGAGCACUAAGGGGAAAUACAUGGUGGCCGUGGAGAUCUUCUCCAUCUUAGCCUCCAGUGCUGGGUUACUGGUUUGUAUCUUUUCUCCCAAAUGCUACAUUAUUCUGUUGAGGCCUGAACUGAACAAGAAGAAACAGCUAAUCAGGAGAACCAAUUCAAGAAUCUAA